AAUGCCGGCCUGUGGACGGCCUUUUGCAGGGGAGCACGCGCUUCCGUGCAAAUACCCUGUUUAGUUUUGUGUUUCUUUUAGGGCUCAUGGCUUAUUGUUGUCCUUGAGCUGGGCAGGAGGGCAUUUGCUGAUGCCAUGAUGGCGGCAUUAUCUCGCAGGACGGAUUGCUAGAGCGGGCUUUAAAGUUACUCCUCUCUCUCACACACUCCACUUCUUGGAAUGGGUGACGGGGAUCGAGCAAAAAGUCCACUCCUUGCGACUUCCCACAAUUGAAUUGAAGCCGGCAUAAUCGAUCGAUCACGAAAGAAAACGCGAAGCGCCGCCAUUUGCCCCGGCGGAUCUCUCUCACCUCUCGCUCGGAGGAUUUGAAGGGAUUUCUCGGGCCGCUUUCAAGACCAAGGAAAGCGAAAGCUCGUUCGUUUUGGCGGAUCAAGGGGAUUCUUUUCAAAAUUCUCCUUCUCUCUUAAAAUUCCAAUCUUUGUGAUUCCUUUCGAAUCCAGCGUAGAGAGCAAAUGUGGUCCUCACCAAUCAUUCCCGCGCUGCUCGUCCUGUUCGUCCCAUCUCUCUCCUCCUUGCGAGCAGCCAUGGCUCGUCGUUAAGCAGCAGCGAGCAAGAAAAAGAAAGGAAAGGAAAGUCGCAAGAGGGAAGAAAUGUGUCGGGAUCAAUCCAAAUCAGUCACUACUGCUGCUGCGCUAGAUCAUCAGUCUGCUGAGAGUUUCUAAUCAACAACCGGCACAGACCCCGACGACCAAGACCACCGCUCAUCUCCUCUUCAACCAAAAGUGGAAAGGAAAAAGAGAUCUCUUAGUGCGAUAGCGAGGAAGAAGAAAAAUCUCCACUCGAUCCAAAAAUAUGGGACUUUGCAUCUCUAGACGAGCAGUGGAAGCGAGCGAUUCCAGCCAGCAUGAGCACCUCUCCUCCUCCAAGAUCAAUGGAGGAGCUGGCGGCCGCGGCGGUGCGGAUGGAUCGUCGGCAUCGUCGCUAAAUCCCGCGGCAAGGCUCUUGCUCGACUCGCCACGGAUCUCCACCGAUAUCAGCGAGAUGGGCAUGCUGGGCCUGCUCUUCCACAAGAGGUACUGCUGCAAGUCCCUCCCCUCCAGCCACCAGAAUCCAAGAGGAUACCAGAAGCUCGCGCUGGACAUCCCUCCCAGCGAGCUGGUGAUCCAGCAAAAUGCGCUCUUUGAGGAGCAGCGGCGAGACGAUGCAAUGGAGGAGGAGGAUCGCAAGAGAGACGAGGGAGGCGGCGGAGUGGAGGAGGAGGAUGAUGGGUAUCCAGCAUUCCAGCCCAAUUCAAGGCCCGCCGCGGCGAUCGAGCCGCCCAUUACGCUGGCUGCGGUGGCGGCGGCGAUCAAGGAGGGAUCGCGCGUGGGCGGUGGCAGCAGGGGAACGUGGUCAUCCGCGGGCGAGGAGUUUUACUCGGACUGGGAGGAUCGAUCCAGCACAGCGGCGACGGUAGUAGCAGCUCCGCCACCACCGCCGCCGCCGCCGCCGCCACCGCCGAUAGUAAGUACUACUCACGAGCUAGGAGUUUUCGAGGCAGAGGAGUAUUUCAAGGAGGAUUCUUCCCAUCCUUCGAGACCAAACGAUCGGGUGGAGGGAUCAUCAGUCAAGUCUGUGGAAGAGGAUUUGAUCUCUCUUCCAGUGGCCAAGAGUGAAGACAGGCGCUGUUUAUCCUCGCGCUCCUCGUCGUGCUCUUCGUCGGGUGGUGGUGGUGGAGUCGGAUGGGCUUCGCUGUGCGCGGGUUCCAGCGCCGUAGAGAUCGAUCACAAGGUGAAGAGCCCGGCCAAGUCGAUGAAGAACAAGGCUGAUAACCACAUCUACAAGAUGCUCAAGCUCCUGGCAUCGCCCUCCUCUUCACACCAACCGUCCAUGGCGAGCUCUUCCAGCAAGCCGACUAGAGGUGGCGAGCAUCGGUCCGCGCGGAAGACACACAAGAAAAAGGCCAGGAUCGCGGAGACUCAAGUCAAGGAAUGGAUGGAUCGAGCCAGGAAGAGCCUCGACACGGAUCAGAAGAACGCCAUGGCCUCAUCGCCUCAAAGGUCUUCCGUCACCCAAGAACAAGUGGCGAAGAAAUGCCAGGGUGGUGGAACCGGAUUUGGGUCGCCGUUCCCAGCGUCACCCAAGCAGCAAAAGAGCUCCUCCCUCGAUCAACUUAAGCUCGCGCAAGAUCAAGCCAAGGAGGACGAUGAUCACAACGACAGUGACUCCAGCUCCGACCUGUUCGAGCUCGACAGCGUCACCACCAGCUUGAGCUCGGCUCGCUCUUCUCUGUCCCGGCUGAGCUCCGCGAGAUCAUCCGUGCGCAAGUCCACCGUCGACGAGCAGGACAUGCUACACGUAAAUCUCGUCCCCGCGGAUCACAGCAGCGCCAAGGUGUUGAUAUCGUCCUCGGAGGCCGUGAUCCAUCAAAACCAUCACUGCAAAAAGAGUGGAAGCAGGAGGGACAAGGAGGAAUUAGAUGGUGCGAGCAAUGCUGCCGUGCUGAUCAUGAAGAACCGGAGGCUGCACGGCAGCAAGAUUUCUUGCCUGGAUUCAGGUCCGCUCUUGAGUAUUGUCGAGGAGAGCAAGCCGGCAUCAGUGGCUAGCAGCCCCGGUGGAUUAAAUUCAUGGAGCAGCAGCACUAGUGCUUUGACAGUGCAAACAUGAAAUUAAAUCUUGAUUGGUGGGUCUACCCGGACGGACUUGGUGGUCGGCUGGGCCCUGUUGACCAUGUCUAGGAGCAUGGUUAGAGAGAACUAGGCUGGAGGUGGCGUUCCAUGCCUUUGUGGAGAAUCUCCUAGCAAACUCACUAAUGUCAGCUCAGUGGACUUUAACCCAUCUUCUCUCACAUUUGUAACAACAUUGUUUUGUCAAA